UGGUGUGCGCUCAUUUCGCCUUAUCCGCAUCUCUAUGUUUGGGUGAUAGGAUACAACAGCUUCUUCACCUCCGAAGCCGUAUAUCUUAGCUUAGCUUAGCAGGGGCAAAGCAAUGGCUUCGUCUUCCCUCACUUCAGUUCCUCUCUCCUCUUCUUCCCUCAAUAUUCCACUUUCUUCCUCCAAACCUUCCUCUAGCUUUUUAUCUUCUCCAAUUCCCGCAUUCUCUCGCACUCCCAAAACCCUGUUUGCCGAAUCAAAAUCCCACUUUUACCCAAAGAGAAACGAUCAUGGGUUUUCCAUCAGAGCCCAAACCCUAGACUUCUCGGAUUCAUUCUUCGAAGGGGGUUUCGGCUCCGAAGAUGACCCCUCUUCCCCCGGUGGACCCGGCUUCACGGGCGUGGAGGAAAAGGAGGAACCCCAAUGCCCACCGGGUCUCAGACAGUACGAGACUAUGAUGGUUUUGAGGCCCGACAUGUCCGAGGAUGAACGACUUGCACUCACCCAGAAGUACGAGGAGGUGCUUGUUGCUGGAGGUGGCAUGUAUGUGGAGGUUUUUAACAGAGGAGUUAUUCCACUAGCGUAUAGCAUCAAGAAGAAAAACAAAGCAGGGGAGACCAACACUUAUUUGGAUGGCAUCUACCUCCUGUUCACCUACUUCACCAAGCCUGAAUCAAUUACCCCUCUUGAGGAGACAAUGUUAACGGAUGAUAAUGUUAUCCGAUCAAUGAGUUCCAAAAUUAGGAAGAGGAAAUAUUAGUUUCUUUUCAAGUCUCCAGUAACUCUCCUUUAAGGAGAUGCUUAUAGAGCAAUGUUAUAUUUAUCAUUUGUUAUUAUGUAUUUUUCCCCCUUUCAUUUGGAUUCAAGGAUUUUUGUAACAUGAUUGAAUUUAAUUAAAAGAUAGAUGUAGGUGCUAUCACUUGCAGUCUACAGAGUUACCAUGCCCUGUGCAGUUGCUAUA